UAUCCUCCACAAACCACUGUUGAAAUCGAGGGUGAUGCAGAAUUAGCUAAAGCAGUCAAUCAGGCUGCCGCGGUGGCGAUGGCAAUCAUACCCGGAACCGGUCCAUCCCCGGAUGCGGAUGAUUCGGAUGUAGAAGAUAGGUUGGAGGAAAAAAAGCGGAAAACAAAACGUCGCAAAGGAGAAGGAUUGAGUCAUCCACCGGGUCACGCUUCAUCGAAAGCAAUUACGCUCCAUCCGUUGCGUGUUGUUUUGCGGUUGGUUCACCCGUGUAAUCCCAAGUCCGCAUGCGGAAAAUCACCACAAAUCCAAUUAACUUUGUCGUUCGCUUGGAUCGCUCAUCUUGGUCUAGUCACCGUACGUAUGCGUGUGCGUCCAGCUGAGCAACAAUCUGCGCCAAUUCACUCUUCUUCACAGUCUGUGCAAUCUCAUUCGGCAGACUGGGACGGUUGUGGUGAUACCGUGCCACGUUCGAUUUCGGGCAAUGAGUUGCUCCGUUCGGAAAAUCUCCUCUUCAAUCUCUGUCCCACUACAGGCGGAUCGGACGUUCCCAUUUCAGAUACGCCAUCAUUACCCUCGGGCUUAUUGUCUGCACCGAUUCAAUGGGAUGCAUGUGAAUCAGUUGGUCGCCCCUAUUUAUGGGCUCAACAGUUGUGUGGCUUGGUUCCGCUUCCGGAGCAGGUGGUUGUUUCGCCAACCACAGCGUCGGAUGCGGCCGUGCUAGAAUCGGGUUAUGGAAGCACGCGAUUCGGUCAAUUGGAUACAUGGCUAAACGCGCUGAUGGGACGUUUGGCUGGUCGAAUCAGUUUAUUGCGCGAGCUCGCUGCCAUCGAAGCAGGUCAACCGUCUUUGUCCCCGGAACAGCAGAAACUCAUUCCGUCGGUUGUUGAUGUCCGAUUGGCCAACUGGAAGCGAAGCUCAUGGUCUGCGUUAGAGAAUGUCCCUCGAGCGCGUAAACUGAUUGCUUUAAAACUGAUACAAUCCACGGAUGCCAUAUUUCAGUGUGAAUUUCACCGCCCUGACCACAUCCCGGUUCCCGUGUGGGUUGCCGUAUCGCCUGAAUAUCCCAACAGAGCACCCAUUCUGGUUGUCGACAAUACAAGUCAUGCAUCACCAACGCGAACCCGUUCGGAACAGUUAAUGAAUGAUGAUGAUGAUGAUGAUGAUGAUGAUGAUGAUGAUGAUGAUACACUGCUCAGUGUUGGUUGCUCCCGAUUGAUUUUGCCCACAUCCUGGACCGUUAUCGAUUCACGAUAA